GGGACGAGAGACAGUGUGAGAGAGUGAGAAAGAGGAGAGAGAAGGAAAAAAAGAGUGAAGGAGAGAGAAAAAGAACUGUAGAUAGAGAUGGGUAAGGUUAAGUGUCACAAAUGGAGCCACUGGUGAGACAAACUGAUUCAGCCAGGUGCACAAAACUAAAGAAGAAGCACGUUUGAAAAAUUCUUGUACUCACUUCCCGUCACCUGUAACCAUUUUCUGGACGUAAUUGGUGCUUACGCAGCAGGUCCUCCUCUGUGACAACCAGAAUGCUCUUCUGCAGGAUUCGCUCUUAGGCUGGGAAACAUUUUCCAGGCUCAUUAUGAGCUUUCAUGACAUGCUGCUGCUUUGUGCUUUCCCACACUGCCAUAUGGUUUGUCCAUCUGCUUCCUGCUUGACUUACCUGUGUCUCUGAUGAAAGCCCCAUCCUCCAGCACACACCUUUCACCCCCACCCCUGGAACCCCUGACUCAGCCGCCUCCUUCCCUCUGCCUAACUCUACCCUGGAUGUGUUGGAAAGCAUGGAACGCUCUGGCCAAAGUGUGGAACAGAUGAGGAAAAAGUUGUAUGUGUCACUUCUGUGCUGUUAUGAACUCUAAAAAGGACAAUGGAUUGGAGAGAACUAGCUGCUCAGAAGCUGAACCUCUCUAAACGGAAGAAGCCCCACCCCCCACCUCCCCCCUCACCACCUGACCCGGAUGAACCAUUCUUCUACACCGAGGGUUUCAGUGCCACCCUGCAGGUGUCCCCACCACCUGUCCCACCAUGCCUGCUCAGAGCCGGCUCAAAGGUCAAAGACAGCCCUGGAAUGGGAAAGGUUAAAGUAAUGGUGCGCAUAUGUCCUGCCAAAGGAGCAUGGGACACUUCUGAGUGCAUGUCCUUCCUGAAGGUGGAUGUCCAUAAGAAGCAGCUGACCUUCAAUGAGCCGCCCGCUAACACUCACUCCAAUGGAGGUCAGAAGCGCUUUUCAUCCACUGCUGCCCCAAAGACAUUUAACUUUGAUGCAGUCUUCGCCCACGAUGCCUCACAAGCAGAGGUGUGUUCAGGCACUGUGGCUGAGGUCAUUCAGUCUGUGGUCAACGGGGCAGACGGCUGCAUCUUCUGUUUUGGACAUGCCAACCUCAGCAAAACCUACACCAUGAUUGGCAAAGACAGCUCCACCCAGAGUUUGGGCGUGGCCCCCUGUGCGAUCUCCUGGCUCUUUAAGCUGAUCGAAGAGCGGAAGGAGAAGGCUGGUGUGCGGUUCUCUGUGCGCGUUUCGGCUGUGGAGAUCAGCGGCAGGGAGGAGGUUCUGACCGAUCUUCUAGCUGACUUCUCUCCAGGCACGUCCCAGGGCACCCAGAGGGCGGGGGUCUACCUGAGAGAGGACCCUGUUUCUGGAUCCCAGCUUCAGAAUCAGAGUGAGCUGCGGGCGUGCUCUGCAGAGCGGGCUGCGUUUUUCCUGGACUCAGCUUUAGCAGCGCGGAGCACCAGCAAACCUGAGUGUGAAGAAGAGCAGCGUCGUAACUCCCACAUGCUCUUCACUCUACAUGUCACCCAGUACCGCAUGGAGAAAAGCGCCAAGGGAGGAAUGUCUGGGGGUCGGAGUCGUCUGCAUCUCCUGGACCUCGGCAGCUGUGAACCUGACCUCAGCCGGACGAGGGACGGAGGAGGGGGCCAGUGUCUAUCAUUAGCUGCCCUGGGGAACGUCAUCCUUGCUUUGGCCAACGGUGCCAAGCAUGUUCCUUACAGGGACAGCAAGCUCACCAUGCUGCUGAGGGAGUCACUGGGCAACAUCAACUGCAGAACCACCAUGAUCGCCCACAUCUCUGAUUCGCCGGCCAAUUAUACUGAGUCACUCUCCACUGUUCAGCUAGCCUCCCGCAUCCACCGCAUGAGGAAGAAGAAAUCCAAGUAUACUUCCAGUUCCUCAGGAGGAGAGAGCUCUUGUGAGGAGGGACAAAUCCGACGACCAGCUCAUUUAAGACCCUUCCACCCCAGGACGGUGGCUCUAGACCCGGACCACCCUACACUUUUGUCCAGCGACCCGGACUACUCCUCUAGCAGUGAGCACUCCUGCGAUACAGUCAUCUACGUGGGGCCUGGAGGUGCCACUAUUUCUGACCGUGAACUAAGCGAUAAUGAGGGCCCACCUGCCUUUGUUCCCAUAAUUCCCUCACUGAACAAAAAGCGAGCAAAAGAGGCACCUAAAUCAGAUGGAGACCAUUUGAAAUGUAACACUUUUGCAGAGUUACAAGAGCGACUGGAGUGCAUUGAUGGGAGUGAGAGCACAUCUGCUUUUACCGGUGAAGGGAAAGCACCCCAGACAGCCCCAAAGGCUCAGAGUGGAGCUGGAAAAGCAACAGAGGGGAUUCCGGUCUCUCCCAAGACACUUAAAUCAUCCCUCCAAAAGCCUGCUCACAUGGAACAUUUCAAAUUGCCCUCAGAUGGUGCUGUAUCUGAGCCUAGUAGAACUUCAGCUCAAGACUCUGAGCCAGUUGUAAGAGAGAAGGUCUACCUCAGCAAAGGGACUGUACAAAAACCCCAUGCCUCCCUUUCACUGCACAGAACCUCAGAUAUGGCCACUGAUGGUGGAUUAGCCACAAGAACACCUCCAGUGGGUAUGAGCCAACAAGCACUUAGGCAAGGAGAGUGUGCUGGUUCCCCAGUCCUUGACCAAACUCAUCAUCUUAGUAGGAGUCCCUUGGAGGUGAGCCACCUUCGAGCAGCUCUGAGGAGCAGAUGUCUAGACAGAGAUGUUUUAAGGACUACUGUCACUCUUCAGCAGCCUGUAGAGCUGAAUGGGGAGGAUGAACUGGUGUUCACUGUGGUAGAGGAGCUGCCUGCUGGUCUUGUUCCCGACAAUGGUCGACCCUCUAGCAUCAUCAGCUUCAACAGUGACUGUUCUUUGCAGGCUCUAGCCUCUGGCUCUCGUCCAGUCAGUAUAAUCAGCAGCAUUAAUGAUGAGUUUGAUGCUUACACGGCCCAAAUAGACCGUGCACUGAUAAGCCAAGCAAGGUCAAAAGAAGAGCUCUCUUCUGGACACAGCACAGUGCAAUCUUCCAAAGGCUCUUGGCCAAGCAAAACAAAUGUUGGUACCGAUGGCACACAUUCAGGAAGAGGCCUUUUAUCAAGGGGAAUGGGCAUAAGACUUGGAAAUACAUCAACAAUGGACAUACCUGGUGUUUUAAGUAUGGAGUCUUUCUCCCAGCAAGGCGCAAAGAGCUCCUUCAGUGAAAGUGCAAUAUGUUUUUCAGAGUUGCACUACGAAUCUGUAACCUCUGAGAAAAUGACUAAGUGCCCUCCACCUCAUGACACUGCCAAAACAUCUCUAAGAGGUCAAAAGCCUGUAAAGUCAAGUACCCUGAGCUCAUCUGUCCAGAUUCCAGGCAUUCCUCAUUCUACUCUCCCUAGAAAAAACAAACCUACCUCAUCUGUUGCUUCAACAAGCAGCUGCGGCCAUGAGUUGCAGCAGCAAGGAAACAGGACAGAUGAUCAGUGGAUGCACACUAGUGGCCAGUUAGACUUAAGAAAUACAGAGUUCAUCUCUGCCAGCAAGCCAUCUAAAAGCAGCUUGACUGGAAUUCCUUCCAGAAAAAUGGGUGGGAAUAGCAACAGUGUACCACGAUCUCCCAAAAUACCCAUAUCCUCCUCAUCACAGAGGGUGGUGGAUGGUUGUGAGAAAUCCAGUGUUAAGAAGGGCGAGAGUCUAAGCAGAAUGCCUCAACUCAGACGAGGGGCCACAACACUUGGCAUGGUCUCAGUGCCCCAAACCUCUACGGAGACCAAGUGGGGUCAUGAUACCAUACAGACAAGUGCUAGUUUGAAAUUCUCAUCUUUAGGGAAGAGAGCAAAUGGCCAGAAAGGGAGCAUGCUCCCAAAGUCUGGCAGCAUGUCACCCCCUGCCCCACCACUCCGAAAAUCAAGCCUGGACCAGAGGACACGGGUUUUGCUGUCCCCUAGUGCCUUAAGGUCAUUGGGCAAUGAUGCGACCAGAUCUUCCUCAUCCAAAGCAUCAGUCUCUGAGGAGGAUUUUGAUGUUCAGUUCAGAGGGGAAUCUUUUAGCUUCAAAUCAUCCAGCUUAAAGGCAGGGUCUAGUCUUCAGACACGAGGAACAAAAGGAGACACGGCAAGAUACUUUGGCAGUCUUUUGUCUCUUGAAAGAUGCGACAGCUUAACAUCAGUUAGAUCUAAACAAGGGACACUGAGAGAGAGCAGUAGUGCCAGCUUGGGCAGCAAUGGCAAGUCAAAUAGGACUGUGCCCAGACUUGGGGUAACCAGUUCCACAUCUUUGCCCAUUUCUCCUCCAUCAUCUACUUCCUCUGGAGUCAGUAAGUUGGGGCAAAUUAAAGCCAGUAUAACCCCUAGAGCCAUUGCUAGCAAUGGAAACAAAACAAAGUCCUUGUCUACUAAUGGCUCCAAAGCUUUGAGUUCCACCAAAUCAAUUUCUGCACAGAAUGCAAGUCUACCUCCAACUGGAAAACCCCCAAGUCGUUCUGUUCUUGGUGCCAAUGGCAAACCAGGCAAGGGUACCAUAAUGGGCACAAAACAAGCUGUUCGUGCAGCUAACAGCCGUGUUAGCGAGCUAGCAUCAGGCAGCUCCAAGAAGCACAUCAAGGGAUCUGGUGAUCAGGCAAGUGAUUUUGGCUCCACUCCCAGUGAUCUUUCAAUGCCUGCUGCAUUACCCUCACCCUACAGCAAGAUCACUGCUCCUCGGCGACCUCAACGCUACAGCAGUGGCCACGGCAGUGACAACAGCAGUGUCCUCAGUGGGGAGCUUCCUCCAGCCAUGGGUCGCACGGCACUCUUCUACCACAGUGGAGGCAGCAGUGGCUAUGAAAGCAUGAUCAGGGAUAGUGAAACUACAGGCAGUACAUCAUCAGCCCAUGACUCCAUGAGCGAGAGCGGAGUGUCUACUUCCAGCCGAGCCAAGGUCUCAAAGUCUCCCAAAAAGAGAGCCAAUGGGCUGCAGCGGCGACGACUGAUCCCUGCUCCCCUACCGGACACUUCUUCACUAGGCAGGAAGGCUGGUGCUGCAGGCCAGUGGGUGGACCUGCCUCCAUUGGGAGGCACCCUGAAGGAGGCCUUUGAGAUUAAGGUGUACGAGAUAGAUGAUGUGGAGCGGCUUCAGAGGCACAAGGAGGGCAUGGUCACGGAGGGCUUGCAGUACUUCAACGCUCGCCUCAGGAUGCUGGAGAAGCGGCAGCAGCAGAUCAGGGAGCUGCGGGCCAAGCACGAGAGGCUGAAGAGGGAGCUGGAGGACGCCAAGACUCGGCUAAUGCUGGACCCCGCCAAGUGGAUGGGAGACUUUGAUGUGGACCCAGAUCUGGACCAGGACUCCCAGGACUACCUAGAGGCUCUGGCUCAGGCCACAGGCGAGCUGGAGUUUUGCGUAAACCUGUGCAAGUCUCGCGUCAUGAUGGAGACCUGCUUCGACAUUAUGGCCCCGACAUCCCCAGGACAGGAGAUGGAAGUGUGAAUGAGAGAGGAGAAGAACGGCAUAUCUGUUCCUUUUUGCUCUCUUAGAAGAUCUUGUAGAGAGAGGAACCUGGGACUGGACAAAACAACGAUGGUUUGUUCUUUGGGGAGUCUGGACUGGCUCCUGCUCUGAUCAACACAGUGGAAACAAACAACAAAAAAAUCAAGGUUACUGACUCUGUAGAGUGCGGAGAGGUAAAGACGACAAGAAAACGAGGGAAUAAGAGGGGGAGAGAUUCAUUUAUGUUACCAGAAAGUGCCUUGAUCUGAGCAAACCCAAGGAGUAUCUGUUUUUUCUGACUGGUGCUAGUGUUAAGCCCACUGAACCUGAGCAAACCCCUUAUCAUAUUCCUUUGGGAAACAAUAUACACAAAGUAUUUUGCAUUGUAAUGUAGUGUAUACUGUAUUUAUAUGAUUUCACAGUAUGUAAAAUAAAUAACAUUUUAGAUAAUAAAAGUCAAAAUGUAUAGAAAAAAAAGCAAUAAGGUAAUUUAUUGCCAUUCCAAAAAAUGUUUGCCUUUUUAAAUUAUUGUUUUUAAUGACCUCCUGUGGAGCUGCUCACCUUUCUUAUCCUUUCUUAAGUUCUCAAACAUCAUGCAAGAACCUCCUGUAUUAUUGACUGGGCUCUUUUGAUUUACCUGCCAGCCUUCGCCAAAACUUGUACUUGAUGAGCUAACACUGAACCACUAAACCAUCUAUAGUUGGCAUAACUGUGUUUUUGCAAGCUGCCUGCGUGUGUUGUAUGAGUGAAUGACCAGAACUAUGUUCACAUGGGUUGAUAAUAGACCUGCUGUUUGGAUGUAUUUUGUGUUUUUUAUGCAAUCUAAAGAAAAGAAUACCUGAUACUUCUGCUUGCCACACAUGUAACAGUACAUGCUGGAGGAUAAAACAAGCACAUUCAUUGGCUUUUAAAGGAAUUCUCCAGCGUUUUUCAACCUAAUCUCUGUCUGCUGCAUCUGUAACAUACAGUCUGUUACCACUCACAGUAGUUUUGACCCUUUUCCCUUAACAGAACUCCCGCUGAUUCAAAACGCACUAAUAAAAGAAGCCAUUGGGCUGUUGCUGAACAUUAACAAACAUUAAGCAUUAAUACAAUACACAAAUGUACUUCUGUAGAACACUUAGAUCUCAUAGAUUCCUCAGUCAAAAGCAAAUUAAGCUAUAAAUCUGUGUGUUUUGUUUUUUCAGACAUAGGACAAGUUUUCCACUACAAUCAGCAUAGUAGUUUUCUGCCUUAUCAUGCACAGAUACCAGAAAAUCUUAUGGAAUUUCUUUUUAAAUGUUUUUAGUGUUUGACAAAUGCAUAAAACAUCAUAAGAACAGCUUUUGUUAGACAUCUAAAAGGUCCCAUAUACCAUAUUGUUCUUGUAUGUUUUUUCCCUGAGGUUCACCAGUAACAUUUGUUAUAAAUCAUAAAUAAUUUUUUACAUGACAA